CAGUUGGCGCAUUUUGGCACUCAUAGACUGUAGUUGGAACACAGAACGCAAGAAAGCAAAGCAUUGUACUUCGCGGCGGCGACUGUUUCUAUAAAACCUUUCUCCGCCUCCGAUCAUUCAACUCAACUCAACCCAACCAGAACCAAACUCGCCGCUUAUGGAUUCGUGCUCUCCGAUUGCUGAGAAAAAAGAUUGUCAGGUUCCUGUAACUCCUGAUGUUGUCAAAGAAAAUGGUGAUAUCGAAUUGCAGUCUCCUCUUACGCUGACGGUGGUCAGAAAACAGCUUAACGGGACAACCAUUCAUUCCGGCACCAAGGAUGUUGUUUUGGACUCCUUUGCGGAUACUCGCAAGAAUCUCAAUGAUUCCAGGAGCUCUGUUGUACGCCGCCUUCCUUUCCGUGCUGAUUCUCCUUCAGAUCAGGAUAUAUUUGAGUCGCUACAUGAAAAUCUCUUUCAGUUCAUUCUUUCUAAGCAAAUGGAGGAGAGGGUUCUAGCUCCAAUGUCAAAUGUAGAACAAGAUGAAUGUAAAUCACCUCCUCCACAGCUCCGUUUCACAGGAAUUGCUCAUACUUGUCCUCCUGCGCCUCGCAAGCUCAAACAUCAACCCAAGGUCAUUCUGAUGGAGUUAUGCAAGAAGCUUGAAUUCUGACUCUCUGUAGUUGUUAAUUUGCAUUUAAUUAUGUACUGCUGCUGAUUUUGAGAUUCUGUGUCUGAUUAAUUUGUAUCUUACCUAGUUAUUGUUAUUUUUUGAAUGAUACUAUACUUUUAGAGGAAAUAACUGCAUCUGACCAAGCUCAUAUAGAUGGAUGUAGCAGCAGGAUGAGCUUCAAUAUUGUAAACUACACUAAUUAGUUUAGUUUGUGCUUAAUAAAUCAUUCAGAUUCAGUUGAUUUUAAUGGUCAGAUUUGCUGUUGUUAUUUCA